AUGGCGUCAAGAAGAGUUUCUUCGUUGAUCUCUCGCUCCUUCAUGUCCUCUUCUUCUCUUUUGUCUCUUACAGGAAAAAACAGAGGAGGAGGAGCUCACAGAUACAGCAGCCUCGCUGCUGCUCUCGAGAACCCGAUUACUCCACCUGUCAAAGUCGAACACACACAGCUCCUUAUCAAUGGUCAAUUCGUUGAUUCAGCUUCAGGGAAAACUUUCCCUACUCUGGAUCCAAGGACUGGAGAAGUGAUCGCUCAGGUUGCCGAAGGUGAUGUAGAAGACGUGAACCGUGCGGUUCUAGCCGCACGAAAGGCCUUUGAUCAAGGACCAUGGCCUAGAAUGACAGCUUAUGACAGGUCAAGGAUACUGUAUCGUUUCGCUGACUUGAUCGAGCAACACAACGACGAGAUUGCAGCUCUUGAGACUUGGGAUAAUGGCAAACCUUAUGAACAAUCUGCCAAAGUUGAACUGCCUAUGGUUGCCAGGGUGUUCCGGUACUAUGCUGGUUGGGCAGACAAGAUCCAUGGAAUGACAGUUCCAGGAGACGGUUCACACCAUGUGCAGACCCUCCAUGAGCCUAUAGGAGUCGCUGGACAGAUUAUCCCAUGGAACUUCCCUCUUCUCAUGCUUUCUUGGAAACUUGGACCGGCUUUAGCCUGCGGAAACACCAUUGUCCUCAAGACGGCUGAGCAAACUCCUCUGUCCGCUCUUCUUGUUGGAAAACUACUUCACGAGGCUGGACUUCCGGAAGGAGUUGUAAACAUAGUCUCUGGAUUUGGUGCUACAGCUGGUGCAGCCGUAGCUAGUCACAUGGACAUCGAUAAGGUUGCUUUCACCGGGUCUACUGAUGUCGGAAAGAUUAUUCUUGACUUGGCUUCAAAAAGCAACCUUAAGGCAGUGACUCUUGAGCUUGGAGGCAAGUCACCAUUCAUUGUAUGUAAAGAUGCUGAUGUGGAUCAGGCCGUUGAGCUCGCUCAUUUCGCUUUGUUCUUUAACCAGGGACAAUGCUGUUGUGCUGGCUCGCGUACAUUUGUACAUGAACGCGUGUAUGACGAGUUUGUAGAGAAAGCUAAAGCUCGUGCAAACAAUCGCGUUGUUGGCGAUCCCUUCAAGUCAGGCAUUGAGCAAGGUCCCCAGGUAGACUCAGAGCAAUUCAAGAAAAUCCUAAAGUACAUUAAACAUGGAGUUGAUAGUGGAGCCACCUUACAAGCUGGUGGUGAUCGUCUUGGUUCUAAGGGUUACUACAUUCAACCAACUGUUUUCUCAGACGUGAAAGAUGACAUGCUCAUAGCGAAAGACGAGAUUUUUGGGCCUGUUCAGACCAUACUAAAAUUCAAGGAUCUGGAUGAGGUGAUUGCGAGGGCGAACAACUCGAGGUAUGGUUUAGCUGCAGGAGUGUUCACACAGAAUCUGGACACAGCGAAUCGGCUGUCUCGAGCGCUCAGAGUUGGGACCGUUUGGAUAAACUGUUACGAUGUAUUGGAUAUCACAAUUCCAUUUGGAGGGUAUAAGAUGAGUGGCAUUGGGAGAGAGAAAGGUAUCUAUAGUCUCAGCAAUUACUUGCAAGUCAAGGCUGUUGUCACUUCCCUCAAGAACCCGGCUUGGCUCUAA